AUGCCUUUUUACGGCCGUCCCAGUGCAAACUGUGAGAGCUGUCGGGAGCGGCGAAUCAAGUGUGAUCGUAUCCAGCCGGUCUGUUCACAGUGCAUAAGGGCGGGCAAGCCAUGUGGCGGUUACCGUGAUAUCCCGAACUUUCUGUUUCGUGACGAAACAGAUAAAGCGGCUCGAAGGUCUGCAACGGCCAAAUCUAGAGCUGGAGAGGGUCGAAAGGUCCCAGUCGCUACAUUAUUAAAGUCGGAUGCAUCGAAAAGAUGCGCACAGCAAUCUAAGGCUGUGUUAUCACAGGCGAAACCCAAUCCAAUGCCGAUUCCCACUAUUUCCCUAGCCGUCUCCGCCAGUUUGGAGGAUCAGGGACUGAGGUUUUUCUGCACUCAAUUUGUAACAGAUGCCGCCGCGGCAAUGGAGGGGCCUUUCUUUUUAUCAAAGUUACCAUUCUUAAACACGGUUUCUGUCGAAUUGCCGUUUCGAGAUGCGGUCCUAUCGGUUGGGCUAGCUGCUCUGUCCAAUGUUACUCGGGAUCCAUCUCUCCGGCUAGCGGCAAGAGAAAAGUAUGUGGCCUCGCUCCAGACUGUCCGUCGGGCUGUGGAGAAUCCACUUCAGGCUCGACCGAAUCAAACAUUAAAUAUCAUCCUAAUGAUCGGUCUAUAUGAGAUGGUUUGUUGCACAUCUAGUCAGCUUGACGCAUGGGUGAUUCACUUAGACGGUGCCGCAGCCCUGUUCAGGCAUGCCAACUUUGGCAAGAUGAUCCAAGCCCGUGAUCCGCGAGCCCAGUUGCAGUUCUGCUACUUUUCCAUGGUCAAAUAUUUUCACGCCAAUAAGGAACUGCCUAUCCAGAUUUUGAAUUCCAAAAUCAAAAUGAUUCAAUCAUCGAAUCCUGAUGAUUUCCCGGCCAUCAACCUUGUUGACAUCCUGAUACGGUUCAUCAAGUUCCACUCCACUCGUAAUGGCCCAGAUUUCGACCCCGAAAUUGGGGCGCAAGCGCUCGCUUUCGAUGAAGAGCUAGAGGAAUGGGAGAGGCGCCUCCCACAUAAAUGGGAGUUCUUUGUUGAAACAUCUUGCAGUGCGCAGCACACAUUCCACGGGAAACAUAUGGUCUAUAACGACAUCUGGGCCUCAAGAGAUCUGAACUACUACUUUUGGGGUCGAUUGAUCGUCAAUGAGAUGAUACUGAAUAAUAUCGCCAGACUGACAAGGAUGGGGCUUUUGAGUGUUUAUCAUCUCCAACAGCGACAGCGAGCGCUUGAUGUGGUUUCGCAUAUGGCGACGUGUAUUUGCGCUGGCGCUGCAGCCCAAUUAAGUGGUUUACAGCAUGCGAUCCCGCUCAAAGGGCAGACUCGCGCUCCUCCAUUGAAUGGUAUCUUUAUGUUGCUUUUUCCAUUGACGAUUGCCGGGGGUUCGGCUGCUGCUCCAGAUGAAGUGCACGAAUGGGUGACCCAGACGUUUCAGGGAAUUGGGUCAAGGAUGGGCAUCCGGAGAGCCCUAGAGUUGAUACCAGAGAUUAAAAAAGUGCGAGCAUGGAAGUCACAGCUGAUAAGGAUGGAACUUUAA